GUGAGAGGGGCGGGAGGAUGUCGAUGCGAGUCAUGAUGGCGGCGACCAGGCCCUGAUGAACUAGCGGAUUCGCCCACCCCCUUUCGUACCCCGCCCGCGAUCUGUGCGGACCAGUGGCCUUUGCCCCGGUCCGCGCGAGCACACGGCCCGACCUACCCAGGGGGAGACAACCGGUUCGAGGCGGCAAGGACAGCGGCGGCGGCGGCGGCAUUCGGGCCGGUGGAGAGGCCGCCCCUCGGGGUGAAUGUGACAAAUCCCCACCACCUCCACCUCCCGUGAAGCACCAGCGGCCCCGGGGGCCGGAGAGGCCCAGAAACCCCGCCCAGUGGUCAGAGCCCAGAGCAGAUCGGAGCCCACCAGCAGCACCAGCGCAACCGCCGCCACCAUGCAGAUCACUCUGAAGACCCUCCAGCAACAGACCUUCAAGAUCGACAUCGACCCGGAGGAGACGGUUAAGGCACUGAAAGAGAAGAUUGAAACUGAAAAGGGGAAAGAUGCCUUUCCAGUAGCAGGCCAAAAAUUAAUUUAUGCAGGUAAAAUACUCAACGAUGAUACAGCUCUCAAAGAGUAUAAAAUUGAUGAGAAGAACUUUGUGGUCGUUAUGGUGACAAAACCCAAAGCAGCAGCUACUCCAAUGCCAUCACCAGCUGUAGGUCAGCAAUCAAACCCAGCUACCACCACUACUGUUAGUUCAUCUAAAGCAUCAGCUGUUGCUCAAGCCCCUACUCCUUCCCCUGUUUUGGCUCCUGUCACUCCAACACCAGCUGGUGAACCUGUACCUACUGUUGCUCCCAAGGAAGAGAAACCUGCAGAGAAACCGGUUGAGGCACCAGUUGCUCUCAGCCCGUCGUCAUCUGACAGCUUGACAGGCGAUGCUACGGGUGAUGCUUCGGCCGAUACUUCUCGGUCAAACCUUUUUGAAGAUGCUACAAGUGCACUUGUGACAGGUCAAUCUUAUGAGAACAUGGUGACUGAGAUCAUGUCAAUGGGCUAUGAACGAGAACAAGUAAUUGCAGCCCUGAGAGCCAGCUUCAACAAUCCUGACAGAGCAGUGGAGUAUCUUUUAAUGGGCAUCCCUGGAGAUCGAGAGAGUCAGGCUGUGGUUGAUCCCUCUCAAGCAGCUGGUACCGGUGCUGCGCAAUCCUCCGCGGUGGCCGCAGCUGCAGCAACUACUGCAACAACUACUUCUACAACUUCUGGAGGUCAUCCACUUGAAUUUUUGAGGAAUCAGCCUCAGUUCCAACAGAUGAGACAGAUUAUCCAGCAAAACCCUUCUCUGCUGCCAGCACUGUUACAGCAGAUAGGACGAGAGAAUCCUCAGCUCCUGCAGCAAAUCAGCCAACACCAGGAGCAUUUUAUUCAGAUGUUAAAUGAACCAGUUCAAGAAUCUGGAGGUCAAGGAGGAGGUGGAAGUGGCAGUGGAGGAGUAGCAGAAGCUGGAAGUGGUCAUAUGAACUAUAUUCAAGUAACCCCUCAGGAAAAAGAAGCUAUAGAGAGGUUAAAGGCAUUAGGAUUCCCUGAAGGACUUGUGAUACAAGCUUAUUUUGCUUGUGAGAAGAAUGAAAAUUUGGCUGCCAAUUUUCUUCUACAGCAGAACUUUGAUGAAGAUUGAAAGGAGAGACUUUUUAAUCUCACUUCACACCAGUGCAUUACACUAACUUUGUUCACUGGAUUGUCUGGGAUGAUUUGGGCUCAUAUCCACAUUACUUGGUAUAAAAUUGUAGAUGGCUUGGGUGGGGAGGGAGGGAUACAAAAAAAAAUAGGGCAGGGAUAAGUACAGUGCAUGUCUGCUUUAAAUUAGCAGAUGCAGCAAAGCCACAGUGUAAAAUACUAUACAACCAAAAAUCAGCUUUUGCAGAUAUUUAGUUCCUUCUAUAACUGUAGGUGACCUUCCUAGGUUUUCACUCUUUUUAGCAUACUAGAUCCAGAAGUUUAGUGUAAUGCCCUGUUUCAUCUUUCUUUUGAUUUAACAUUGGUUUUGGAAAGAGCCUUUGCUAUCUAGAAUCUAGAGUCAUGGCAACACUGGAAAAUGGCUUUGUGAAAUUCAAAAGAUCUUUGGAGCAAUUGUAAACAUAAUGCCAAAUUAUAGGUGGUUAUUUUUGCUGCUUCAGAUAUGUAUAAGAGUAGUGUACGCCCAUUCUUCGUGUUAAUGUUGGGGAAGCAACCUUUUUCUUCAAGUGAAAAGCAUUACUGUUUUAAAACUUCUUGUUCAUUGAAUGUGAGAUCUCUUCUGACAUGAUUUGAGAAGCUGUCACAAAACAGGCAAAGUUAUUUUCCUGUUUGCAUUUUUUUUUCUUUUGGAAAAAAAUGGUAGAUAUCUAAUUACUAUUUACUUCAACAUUAUUGCAGUAAAAGUUUUAAAACAACCAUUGCAUGUUGCUUUUGAUGUAUCCCUUUUCGUGAUUUGAGCACUUUUUGGGCCAAUGGAGAAAACACAGCAUUCACUCUCCCCACCCUGCCCAGAGAAAAAUAAACAAGUCAAGGCGCACUACCUUUUAUCAGGUCAUGAAAAGGUGAUCGAACAUAGUUCUGUAAUAGAAAUGUCUCAAAAUUAGGCUUCUGAUAUUAGUAAAAUUAUUUUCUCAAAUGACAAUGUAUGAUCAACUGAAGCUAUUGACUUUGUCAUGCUUUUGAAAAAACGCAGAACUCUUUUGAACAUCUUUUCUUAGACAUGUUUGGCAAAAUAUUUUGAGAGGGUUGGGAAUUGGAAGGAGAUGGGAGAAUAUCAAACUCUAGAAAAGAGGCAGUUGAGAAAUCACAGCAUAUUGAGAGAGCUUUUAACAUUGUUUAAUUUUUCUCCCUCUUUUGGGGUGAGCCCUUGUAAAUCUUGGGGUUUGAAUCAUUAUAAGAGGGGGUAGAUGGCUACACUUUUUCUUCUCAAAGAUGUUUUGGCCUAACAGAUCUUUAACUAUUUAGGAAUUCAUUUUAAAUUUAUCUGACUCUGUGAUGCUGAGUAGGAAAAUGAAGUUUGCACAGGUUUAUCCCUGCAGUGACCUCUUGCAGUAAAGUACCUUUAGUACAGCUUGAUAAUGAUGCUUUUUGAGCUUCUAUGUCAUGCAUUUGUUAUCUUCUCUCCUAUAAAAUAAAUCAAAUCACGAUUUUUUGCCACAA